AUGUCUUCAGAACGCCCUACGAAUCUUAAGAAUCCUAAAGAUCCUAAAGAUUCUGAAAGUAUCCUUGUUACAACAUCCGUGGUUACUUCAAGUACGAAAAUUAGCAAGCAGGGUCCUACUGACUCCCAAAUCUCUUUAAAACGUCCUAUGCGACCUAGUGCUUUAUCUUCUCUUCCAUCAUCUAUGGAAAGCAUCCCUUCGAUCAUAAUGCCAAGAGCCUGGAGUGGAGAUUUAUCGUUCACUCCCAGCCCACGGCAGUUGUAUGUAUUGGAUUCUCCUGGUCUUCGUACGCCUCCACAAGGUCUACCAUCACAAUACCUAAACACAUCACCUUCAAAUACGGCAUCGUUGUCUCGACACGAAGCGCGAAAUGAUUAUUUCCACGGAGCACGUCCCCACGCAUCAAGCCAAUCACGCAAUGAUCUUGCCCAAGUCGAUGUAGCAUCAGGAGCGGCAUCGCCUUCACUGACACAGGAAGGAUACCCGGUGUCGUGUUCAUCAUCAAAGGGCUCCAAUAUUGCUUCGGGAUAUUCAUGUACCUCGGAUAGUUUGGCUUCAAUUCUAGGUCGACCAAAGGAUCCGUACAAGGCACACAGGCCAAGUUCCGAAAGUCUCACGAUGUUCAAACAGAGAGGGAGAAGAAAGACUGAAGGCGCAAAGCUUCAACUGAAGCGCCGAUGCAACGGUACUUGUAACCAAGGAAAAAGCAAAGUGGUUGGAGAAAUGGCCAGUGCCAAGCGCAACUGCAGCACACAUUGGUCGUUCCCUCCAAGUCAGAUCACCCCAACAGCCCUAGAAGGUAUAAAAGUCCCAAACACUCGUAAACAUAACUGUCUACCGAAGAGACGGGGUAGAGGAAGACUCAUGUCUGAACCAGCCGCUCCACUUGUUUCAAGGAGAUGGAGCUCGGGGAAAGGCCCAACCUUUCGAAAUGAAAUUUUCGAUUCCAAUCCUCUUGGUGAACGAAACAGAAGUUCAUCGUUCACUGCUGGUGCUGGAUAUAACGACAUAGUGCGCUCUCUUCGCGAGAGAUUGACUAUUCGUAAAUUGCCAAAUAAUCAAAUGCUAAUGCCUUCUGCAAUAACUUUGAGAAGACCGAGUGCAUCGAAUAGAUCAGACAUGAGUAGCACAAUGGCAACUUCGGCAUUUUUAACAACACCAAGGACUGCCUCUAUUAUACCUUCCCUUUCAAGUCGUCAGCCGACGUUCUCGGAAAACGAAAGACAGGAUCCAGAGGCAUACAUCAUUACCCGUGAGGACGUUGAAGCUGUAAUGGAACUGCUCCAUGCAAAUCUGCCUAACACGCAAGAAGCUUACAUCUCAGACCCUGCCCCACGUGGAUCGAGCGUGGAAAACCAAUCACCGCGGGGUACCAGAUUAUCAUCAUUGUCUUUCACGAGUAAAGGUUUGGUACCUAUGGCUCGUCCUGCUCCUUGUGAAAUCCAAAUAUAUGCAGCACAGUCGCGAAAUUCACCGGAGCUCUCUCAAUACGGCAAUACUCCCAUAACGACUGUUUCCCCUAUUAUAUCACAUUCUCCAACAUGGAUUGUGAACCCCGGAAAUCCGGGGCAAUAUUUACAGAUUUCUCAGACAAAUUUUGGGCAAAAUGGACGACUUUCAGAAGCGGGAUCCGAACGAAGCGUACACGAAGUAAUCUGGGAGGAACGGAACUCGCCGGAAUCUCAUGUCUCAGAGAGAGAUAAAGUUCAUUUCGAAGUUGAUUCCUCAGAGUGCUCUAGCCAGGCCAAUACUCCAUCACCAGGCGCUACUAUCAGUCCUGGGCAUGACGAUUCAAGACCAUCUUUUCAACUCUUUAAGACAUCGAGUCAAGACCAUCGGCCUAGUGAAGAGAAAGGUGCUUUUGAUCCAAAAAAUGCACGAAUUUCAAUCAACAAAUGGUCAUGGCAAUGCGAAUCGGAAGCAAAUGAGGAUACCACCGACCCCGUUACAGACACGGAGCAUGAAACACCUAAGGAUCAUGUGAUUUCAUUUCCUCCACUGCCAAGAAAAUCGACUAAUGAGUGGCGUUCUCCGCUUCCGGAUAUGGCUACUUCUUUCCGUGAUAACAAGCUCUUGGGUGGUAUGCUUCCUCAGGUAAAUGAAGUCGUCCAUUCUCACUCUCUCUACAGCAUUGGAAUUGAUGCUCGAACUGCACCGAGCUCGCCUGCGUUAAGUGGUAGGGCAACAACCCCAGUAACGCGGCGUUCAUGGUUAAGCGAAAGCCCUCCAGAGAGAGUAUGCUCAUGGUUAAGCAACUCCGAAGCUGCAACUCCAACCCGCCAGAAAUCUGAUACUGACUUCCAUCGGAAAAAAAGUGUCAUCAAAGCACAUCCAAAAGCGCCAGCCCGCUCUGGGAAAACUGCGGCAAUUGGCUCCUCAAUUGGAGCAUGCACAGGAGCUCGAAAACGUGCAAGCUCGCCAAAUUUGGCUAAAUCGAGGAGAGUCACCAUAGUCGACAAUCCACUGAUACAAUCUAACCAUUUCCAAGGAGGAAAAUCAUGGUUUAAAUCCAUACAAGGUACCGCCCAUCCUAGAUUGACUAUGGAGGGUGAAGCAGAAGAAGCGGGCUUCUGGUCGACGCUUGCCACCCGUGCAGCUAGCAAAGACUUUGCCCAUGUAACCCCGUCGCCCCCUGCAAGCCCUCACUGCAAUUUGAUGGACGCUCGUUCGACUCCGUUGUCCCUUGCAAGUCCUCGCUCUAAUUUGAAAAACGGUAAAACAAACAACUACAUCAUCCCACUUAAGAUAUCCCCAAGCAUAUCGGAAACUCCAUCAGUAUCAAGGUCAUCGGCCCGGGAAAGUUUGUCAAUGAUUCAGGAUAAAUAUUUCUUCUUCCCAAAAGCAGACCUGAAGUUGCAUAUUCCUAAUUCGAGGAAGAAUUCAUCGCCACGAAAGUCCACUGCUUACGAAAGUCUACUGAGAAUUCAAGAGAGGUUUCCUUCGCCGCCGAAGCCGGAUCAUAGUGGUAUAUAUGAUUCAGUUACGGGAAUUAAUAGGAAAGACAAGGUAGAGUGCUCGAGGGAUUGUCAGCACUUGUUACAUAACUGUGAUGCGUGUGCUAGUAAUAUGAGUACGCCUAGUGUCGAUUGGAUUGGUUAA